AUGCAUGUACGGCACAAAUUGAAGUCAUUUACUGGUUUUGUCGACGUUAGAAAUUUUCCUGUUUGUCGUAAUUUGUGUUCGAAUACAAACCCAUUAUAUGUUUGCAACUCAAGAAUCACAAGAUGUUCCAAACUGGGGGAUAUAGAAACUGCACGCCGUGUGUUCGAUGAAACUCCCCAGAAGAAUGUGGUGACUUGGAAUUGUAUGAUAUCUGGGUACGUUAGGAAUGGGAUGAUUCGUGAGGCACGCAAGGUAUUUGAUGCUGUGCCCGGUAGAAAUAUUGUUUCUUGGACUGCUAUGUUAAGUGGGUACGCAAAAUGUGGAAUGUUGGAAGAGGCGCGAGUUUUGUUUGAGAAGAUAGAUAGCAAGAAUGUUGUUUGUUGGAAUUCAAUGAUAUCUGGGUAUGUAAGAAAUGGAGAAAUUAGAGAGGCUAGAAAAUUGUUUGAGGCAAUGCCUGUUAAGAAUUCUGUGUCAUGGGUGACUAUAAUUGAAGGGUAUUUUAGAUAUGGCCUUGUAAGUGAAGCCAAGAAGUUGUUUGAUCGUGCUUCAAAAAAAAGUGUCUUGGUUUAUAAUGCUAUGUUGGCCGGUUAUGCUGAAAUGGGAUAUGUUGAUGAUUCUUACGAGUUAUUUGUUAUAAUGCCUCAACGUGAUGUGGCUUCUUGGACUUGUAUGAUAAAGUGUUUUUCAAAUGGAGGGCAGGUGGAGAGAGCUAGGAGCUUGUUUCAGGAGAUGCCGGAAAAGGAUGUCGUGGCUUGGACAACAAUGAUGCGGGCUUAUUUGCAGAAUGGUCGUAUUGCAGAUGCUAGGGAAUUAUUUAAUGAGAUGCCUCAUAAAGACAUUGUUGCAUGGAUUGAUGGUUGUAUUCAGAAUGGAAGGGUUGAAGAUGCUCUUGAAUUGUUCAUGCAGAUGCCAAGGAGGGAUACAGUGUCAUGGAAUUCAGUAUUGCAGGGAUAUGUGCAACAAGAUGAUAUGAUUAAUGCUUGCAAAUUUUUUGAAGCAAUGCCCCAAAAAGAUGAAACCUCAUGGAACAUAAUGAUUGCUGGAUAUCAAAGUGAGAAAGCUUUAGUUUUAUAUGUCCACAUGUUGCAAAGUGGAUUUAAGCCUGAUCAAGGGACCUUUACUAGUGUAAUCUCGGAGCAUUACCGACCCAGUACAAACCCAGCAAAGAGACCAUCCCGCAUGGCAACCAAGCUGAGCAUUGGGUUAAUGCAUGUGCGGCACAAAUUGAAGUCAUUUAUUGGUUUUGUCGACGUUAGAAAUUUUCCUGUUUGUCGUAAUUUGAGUUCGAAUACAAACCCAUUAUAUAUUUGCAACGCAAGAAUCACAAGAUGUUCCAAACUGGGGGAUAUAGAAAAUGCACGCCGUGUAUUCGAUGAAAUUCCCCACAAGAAUGUGGUGACUUGGAAUUGUAUGAUAUCUGGGUACGUUAGGAAUGGGAUGAUUCGUGAGGCACGCGAGGUAUUUAAUGCUGUGCCCGGUAGAAAUAUUGUUUCUUGGACUGCUAUGUUAAGUGGGUACGCAAAAUGUGGAAUGUUGGAAGAGGCGCGAGUUUUGUUUGAGAAGAUAGAUAGCAAGAAUGUUGUUUGUUGGAAUUCAAUGAUAUCUGGGUACGUAAGAAAUGGAGAAAUUAGAGAGGCUAGAAAAUUGUUUGAGGCAAUGCCUGUUAAGAAUUCUGUGUCAUGGGUGACUAUAAUUGAAGGGNUACGAUUCUAUAAUUCAACCAAGCUGAGCAUUGGGUUAAUGCAUGUACGGCACAAAUUGAAGUCAUUUACUGGUUUUGUCGACGUUAGAAAUUUUCCUGUUUGUCGUAAUUUGUGUUCGAAUACAAACCCAUUAUAUGUUUGCAACUCAAGAAUCACAAGAUGUUCCAAACUGGGGGAUAUAGAAACUGCACGCCGUGUGUUCGAUGAAACUCCCCAGAAGAAUGUGGUGACUUGGAAUUGUAUGAUAUCUGGGUACGUUAGGAAUGGGAUGAUUCGUGAGGCACGCAAGGUAUUUGAUGCUGUGCCCGGUAGAAAUAUUGUUUCUUGGACUGCUAUGUUAAGUGGGUACGCAAAAUGUGGAAUGUUGGAAGAGGCGCGAGUUUUGUUUGAGAAGAUAGAUAGCAAGAAUGUUGUUUGUUGGAAUUCAAUGAUAUCUGGGUAUGUAAGAAAUGGAGAAAUUAGAGAGGCUAGAAAAUUGUUUGAGGCAAUGCCUGUUAAGAAUUCUGUGUCAUGGGUGACUAUAAUUGAAGGGUAUUUUAGAUAUGGCCUUGUAAGUGAAGCCAAGAAGUUGUUUGAUCGUGCUUCAAAAAAAAGUGUCUUGGUUUAUAAUGCUAUGUUGGCCGGUUAUGCUGAAAUGGGAUAUGUUGAGGAUUCUUACGAGUUAUUUGUUAUAAUGCCUCAACGUGAUGUGGCUUCUUGGACUAGUAUGAUAAAGUGUUUUUCAAAUGGAGGGCAGGUGGAGAGAGCUAGGAGCUUGUUUCAGGAGAUGCCGGAAAAGGAUGUGGUGGCUUGGACAACAAUGAUGCGGGCUUAUUUGCAGAAUGGUCGUAUUGCAGAUGCUAGGGAAUUAUUUAAUGAGAUGCCUCAUAAAGACAUUGUUGCAUGGAACUCAAUGAUUGAUGGUUGUAUUCAGAAUGGAAGGGUUGAAGAUGCUCUUGAAUUGUUCAUGCAGAUGCCAAGGAGGGAUACAGUGUCAUGGAAUUCAGUAUUGCAGGGAUAUGUGCAACAAGAUGAUAUGAUUAAUGCUUGCAAAUUUUUUGAAGCAAUGCCCCAAAAAGAUGAAACCUCAUGGAACAUAAUGAUUGCUGGAUAUCAAAGCGAGAAAGCUUUAGUUUUAUAUGUCCACAUGUGGCAAAGUGGAUUUAAGCCUGAUCAAGGGACCUUUACUAGUGUAAUCUCGGUAUGUGGUGUGCUUUCUGUACAUGGUUGGGGAAGAGCAGUGCAUCUCUAUGUCAUUAAGAUUGGUUAUGAAAAUGAUACAAUGGUAAUGAGUUCAUUAGUAUCUAUGUAUUCUAGAUGUGGCUUCUUCAAAUAUGCUGCAGCUGCAUUUGAAAGGAUAACUGAUCGUGAUAUAGUUGCUUGGAAUGCCAUGAUUGUGGCACAAGCAUACCAUGGUUCUGCUGUAGACACCCUCAAUCUCUUCUCUUCUAUGAUUCGAGGUGGAUUAGAACCUGACCAUGUAACUUUUCUAGGACUCUUGACUGCCUGUGCUCAUUCAGGACUAGUCGAUGAGAGCUGGAAACAGUUCAACUCUAUGAAGGUGAACUGGAAUUUGACACCAAAACCAGAGCAUUAUGCCUGCAUAGUUGAUCUACUUGGUAGAUCAGGAUUGCUGGCUGAAGCCUUUGAGUUAGUUAAACAAUUACCAGUGGAUCUCCCAGCACAUGCUUGGGAAUCAUUACUUAGUUCUUGUAGAGUCCAUGAAAAUUUUGAGCUAGGUGAAUUUGUAGCACUAAAACUUCUAAGUGUUCAACCUUGUAAUGUUGGGAUGUAUGUACUCCUAUCAAAUAUAUAUGCUUCGAGAGGUUUGUGGAAGGAAGCAGCACAUAUUAGAGCAGUAUUGAAGCAACUUCAAUUGAAGAAAGAGUUGGCAUGUAGUUGGAUUGAGAUGAAUGGUCAGAUCUGUCAGUUUUUUUGCAGUGACAAGUCUCAUCCCCGAACAGAGGACAUAUACAAAGAAUUAGUUAGCCUCAAUGUAAUCAUGGAUGAAAUAGGCUCAAUGAUGCAUUAAUG